CGAUUCAGAAAAAUGCCAAAAAUUUAUUUUGUUGGCGUCGAUGUGGGUACUUCAAGUGCGCGUGCAGCUUUGAUAAGAUCUGAUGGCAAAGUUUUGCAAACGAUCGCCAAAUCUAUACGUAUCUGGAAUACAGAACAUGAACAUUUUGAACAGAGCUCGGAAGAUAUUUGGAAUGCAGUAUGUUCGUGUGUCAAGUUUGUUACCCGCGAUACACCGAAGGACGAGAUUGUGGCUAUUUCAUUUGAUGCCACGUGUUCGCUUGUGAUUCUAGGGGAUAACGGUGAGCCUUUGAGCGUUAGUAACACACAAAAUCCUCAACAGAAUGUGAUUGUCUGGAUGGAUCAUCGCGCGCAUAAAGAAGCUGAAAAAAUUAAUGCCACAAAACAUGAUCUCCUUCGGUACGUGGGUGGCCAAGUCUCAGUCGAAAUGGAAUUGCCGAAAUUACUGUGGCUUAAAACGAAUUUAUAUCUUUCCACUUGGACGAAAAUAUGGAGAGCUUUUGAUUUACCUGAUUUUUUAACAUGGCGUAGUACUGACUGUGAUUCGAGGUCAUUAUGUACAGUGAUAUGUAAAUGGAAUUACGAUGGCAUGGCAAUGCAAUGGAAUAAAAAGUUUUUCCAAGAAAUCGGUUUGGAUGAAUUGCUUAACAACAAUGCUCAGAUAAUAGGUCGAAUUAUACAAGAGCCGGGCACUCCGGUAGGCAAAGGGCUCAGCGAACGCGCUGCUAAAGAAAUGAAUUUAUUACCUGGUAUUGUAGUUGGCACUGCUUUAAUUGAUGCUCAUGCCGGAGCUUUAGGCAUGUUUGGAUGUAAUGCCGGACAUGCCAGUUGCGUAGAUAAUUUAGAAGGAAAGUUGGCUUUGAUUUGUGGCACUUCUACUUGUCACAUGAGCUUAAACCGGGAACCUUGUUCAGCCAAUGGUAUAUGGGGUCCAUAUCGUGGCGCUAUUAUACCAAAUUAUUAUUUGAAUGAAGGCGGACAAAGCGCUUCAGGCUUAUUAUUGGAUCAUAUUAUAAAAACUCAUCCCCAGUAUAUGCAUAUUCAGCUGAAGUUAAAGGAUGAGAACAUUUUUUCGUACUUAAAUGAAUUGUUAAAAAAAAUGGCUAAGGAACGCAACUUAGACGAUCCUUGCUAUCUGACAAAAGAUUUACAUGUGUGGCCUGAUUUUCAUGGCAAUCGCUCUCCUAUUGCGGAUCCCAACUUAAAAGGAAUGAUUUCAGGUUUAAAUAUGAAUAUGGAUGAAGAAUCGUUGGCUGUGCUAUAUUUGGCUUUUGUACAAGCCUUAGCGUAUGGUACGCGACAUUUAAUUGCCAAUUUGUUGGAUAACCAACGUUCACCAUUCCACCUGCUUCUGUUUUGUGGGGGUUUGGCGAAAAAUUUAUUAUACAUCCAAUGUCAUGCAGAUAUUUGCCAAUUGCCAUGCUUGAUACCGGACGAACAGGAAAUGGUGUUGGUAGGUGCUGCAAUGUUAGGUGCAUGCGCUGCUAAAGUAUACGAUGACCUUAAAAUCGCUGCAGCAAAUAUGGGUGGACGCGGUACAUUGUUAGAAUCUCAAGCAAAUACAAAAGAUUAUCAUAAUCGUAAAUAUCAGGUAUUCCUGGAAAUGUUAAAUGACCAAACUAAAUACAAACGCAUUAUGUCAUAGUUUUAAUUAUUGAU